UCAGACAAGUUUGGUCGUAUAAUGUUGUUGGGUUCGAGGAAAUUAAAGGAUAAAAAUCUUGCUGCUGUUUUGCUUCCCCGGUGAUUAUAUUGUUGUUGGUUUUCGUCACCAGUGAGUAACUGUCGACCCUAACGAAGUGCCGAAUUUCGAGAAUUACGCUGUAGUUUCGCGAAUUGCGAAAAGCGACUGUGAACUGCAAAUAGAAACCUCUCACACAAGCUCGCUGCUUGUCACUCGGUUGAAUGGUAAAAUUUCCUUUAAUGGUGGAUGCUGUAGAAUGUAAUGUACUCCAGACGACUAUUCGAAAAGACUCCUUAGCAGAUGCAAAGGGAUUAAGUUGUGUAUGAAUCAAGUGAAAGUGUCAUUUGCUCCUGUACAGCUGCGGAAAUUUUCGAAAAAUAUAUUUUUAUGCUGCAAGUGAUGAGCGAAGGAACGCACACCAACAUAAGUUGGUUUGUUUGGUUGUAGCUUAUGUGAUGCUAAAAUAAAGUUUCGUGAAUGUUUCACAGAUCUAUGAUCUCUACAUAAUAAACAGGUCUGCUAAUGCAUUAAGGUGAUUAAGUGAAAGGAAUAAACAUUGCUCUGGUUCUUUUUUUUUGUUGUGUAUCCAUCAAAGCAUAUAUAUUUAUCAAUGAAUGUGGAAUCGGUGGGAAUAUUGAACAAAAGCAAAAAGAGGGACGUUUAGCGAAUAGUAUAUCGGCACAUACACAACCAAAGCAUUCGUUGGGUACAGUAGGAUACACUGUUACCGUCACGAAUUGGCAUGGUCGCCGAGGAAAAGUGAGAGCUAUAGUUACACACGGGGUUCGUCGUCGGCAAGGGACAUUCAAUAAUAAAGUGAAUUUGAACGUAUCAAGAUCGAUUCCGCUGCUCGUUGAGCAGAACCAGUUGAACCAAGUCGACAUAAGUGAAGUGUAUAUCGACGCAUCGUCGACGCAAAAGUGAACGAAAAGUUUUAGCUGAAGUGUUUUUGAGCGAGUGCGCCAUAGCAGGGAAGUUUGAUAAUGAUAAAGGUUUCGAAAGAAACCGGGGUGUAUGCCGCCCUGGUCUCCGUAGUAUCGGGAGCCAUUGUAUGGUUCAAUUUUCGUCCGCUGGGAAUAUUCUUCGUCUCUAGCUUGGUGGUGUUUUGGUGUCGGCAGUACGCCAAUAUCCGCCUGCAGAUGACGCCGCUGCUGGAGGAUAAGCUGCGGAACGGAUGCCACCGGGCGCUGAAGUUGAGGGCGGAAAAGCCAGGUCUCUUCUGUGCGCUAAUAUCGUGCUUCCUCGUGCUGCUAGCCAUCAUCGGUCACGUUGUAUCGGGAGCGUACAUCGUGGUAGCCCUGCUUGUGCUGUCCAUCGUAAUAUCUACCAAGUACGACAUCAAGAUUGUUGCCGAUCGUGAACGAGUACCAACACCACUGCCGGUAAACUUGCUGGAUCAAGAGGUGGACGAAUUUCUUCCCGAUGUCAACGAAGCGAACGCAUCACUCCUGCAGCAGGUCGGCGAAGAGGCGGACGUCAGUGCGGUGUACAAAACGGAUAGCACCAUCAGUGAACGUAAAUCCGGCGACGGCGAGGAAAAUGACGAUGACGAUGACACCUAUUCGGAUCUCCUAAUCCCACAGAGCAGUAUUAAGGAGUUGGAGGAGGAGCAAUCGAGCGAGUCCAGCAGCGACGAGCUCUUGCUCGGAGAUGGCACCAAUUCCACCGGGGAAAAUCCCGUUGACGAGAUAAAGUUCAAGAGUAGCCAUUUCAAUGCCAACAGUUCCUCCGAUUCGGACGAUAGCAUCUCCCGUGGGUUGAGCUUUGACGACAUACCCGACAAGGGUAGCAGUCGGAAGAAAAGCCAUCAGCAGCAGCAGCAAUUGGCCGCGUUUCAGCCACAGCCAGAACCACGUUUUCAAUCGCAGCCAAGUCAGUUUGCUGCCAACCUGGCGGGAACUGUACUGGCAGGUAAUGUGCUGAGUUACCUCACCUCGGCCAUGACCAGCGCUUCUUUAAUGAGUCAAUCGCAGCCGGCUCCAGGCUUGGGCACCCAAAAGAACAACCGAAUGACGGUUUCGUCUGCCAGCACUACCAGUGGUCGUCGUGCUUACGUUGGUGAUUCCACCGACGAGGACGAAGCCAGUGAUUUCGAGAUGUUGAAUCCAGAUGAGCUGAACAAUGCAUAAGACGAAGGAAAGUUCUUCUAUGGGCUUUGGAUUGGAGAAUUUGGAACAUUUUGAGUUUUUUUUUUUCACUAAUAUCACUUUUGGUUUCUAGCAGCAGAACGAAGCAUUUUGCGAAUUGCUACAGACGUAUUCUAACUCUAAUUGAAUUGUUUCAGACCCAGGACCGGUGGUACGUGAACAGUUACCAAUUUAAUUUGUUUUAUUUUUGCUUUUUUUUUUUUUUUUGAAAUUUUAUAUUUUUUUCCAAACCGAGAGAAAUCAGUGCUGAAUUUAACGAAUACGAUUCAACAUAUUUAGUUGAAUUUAUGAACUGCAGUGUAACAUGUGUAACAUCUCAAACAACAUGAUAUUUUUCCUAAAAUUUCCUCUAAUUCGUUAAUGAUCACUUCUUUUUUUCACAGUACAUGCUUCCAAAUUAUCAACAGCGUAAAUGAACUAUAAUUGGACUAAAUUUAGCUCAAAUCCAAAUAGCAAUCGCCUCUUGUAAAUAUGUGUACAUAAAUUUCACAGUAUCAAUCAAGAAGCAAAGCAAACACUGAGUAUGUAAGACCGUGUAGAGCUUCCAGUGGGAUUCAAGAAACGUGAAGCUAUUGCUUGAACUUGAACCUGAACUUAUCUGACGUAUUUUGAAAUGGCGAGGCACAACAGCACAGCCCAUGGUUUUAGAACGUAAAGAUUCUUUGAAAACAGGUCUAUGAUCUAUGGUGGAACGACAAAAAAAGUAUCAUAACAAAGCAAGUUACUAGUCCGAUUAGUCCUAGAACUAAGGAAUUUAACUGUGUGUGUAGUAGUCCAGUAAUUAUCAAAUAUCGAUAAUGGCUCAUGGAGGCCAUUAAUUCUGGAACGCUGGUAUGAUGAAGUGAGCGAUUCAGUAAUCAAGACAGCAGAUAUCUUGAUAUUUUCGAUAGAAUGGAACAUUUAAACAAUACAAAACUUGUGAGGAAUUCAAUUGAAAAUAUUGAUUUUCCGGAAAAUCACACCGCUGCUGACAAGCGUGUUUUUGCGAAUGAAUCAACUUAAUAUAUUUAUUGAUAAACUAGGUGUGAUAUGUUUUAUUAUACUCUAUAUCCGUAACGACUAUUGUGACGUAAUAAAAAUAAAAUUGCUAAAUUUGAGUA